GCCAGCUGAACACAUUUAUAGGUAGUAGUGAGGUUUCCAGAGAGUAAUGAGAAGUUAAAUGUUAGAAACAGUGGUGUACGAUUCUGCCUAAGAAAUCUCAUCUCAAGUAAGAAAAAGUGAUUCAGUGAAUAAGGCGUUCAUGUGAGCUCACAGAUGAACAGGAUGCCUAACAAACCUGAGCAGUGAUGAGAAGCACGGACUGGACAACGAAAGGCUAUGGAAGAUGCCAUGUUCCAGAACACCAUCCUGCCUUGCCAAGAUCAGUAUUUUGUAGGAGACCAGGGUUAUAAUUGCCCGUAUUCCACUACAACGUCAGAAUCUGGUGUUGACGUUUCCAAGGAGACCUGGGUCUCUUUCUGGGCUGCUGGUCUCCUGGACAACACUGAGCUCCAACAAUCACCACAAGUGCUGGAAUCGCCCGCUGAUUUAAGUUUCCCUGUUCUGGACUCAUGUUCAUGGGAAGAGGCUCAGCUCUCAUCUCAGCUCUACAGAAAUAAACAGCUCCAAGAUACUCUACUGCAGAAGGAGGAAGAACUUGCUAAGCUACAUGAAGAGAACAAUCACCUCAGACAAUACCUGAAUUCUACUUUGGUUAAACGUCUGGAAGAGAAGGCCAAGAAAUUGCUGUCAUCAGAUGAAUUUUCCAAAGUGUUUGGAAAACUCAGAAAAGAGAAGAGGAAACCCAAAGAUCACAGACACCCCCCUGCUUGGACUCCCCAGUCCAAAACUGCCAAGAGAAACCUCUCCACGGAGUUUUCUAACUGUGAAGAACAACCUGGGCCCCAUGUAGAUGCAUGGGUUCUUCAAACCCUUGGGUUGAAAGACCUCAACACCAUUGAUGACACUCUACCAGCUAACUACAGUGCCACCACCUCUUCUCAUCCCAGAACAGUUCCCAGUACAUCCUCCCCAUUUGUGCAUGAUGCAAUUGGCUUUGCAAAUGUCCCCAGAGAUCUACACCUUGAUUAUGUAGGUCAGGGAAUGCAUGCCUCGAAUACCACCUCCAUACACCAGGAAGAUUGUUGCAGUUUUCCUCGGCUUUCUAAUCCUCCAGUGAGGGUGCAGACUCUUCCUUACCACACUGCAGAUGUGUCCCCCAACAAGACAGAGGUGGCCUUUUCCACAUCUUUGAGCCCUCACUGUAAUGUAAAAACUCAUUCCUUCCACCAGGGACAAGCCUUUGUGCGUAGAGACGAGGAGGGAGGAUGGAAGUUUACUUGGGUUCCUAAGCAGACCUAG